AUGUCUAACGAAAUUAUUUUAGAAACAGUACGUGAAUUGCUUCCAGAUAUAGAAAAAGAAAUUAGAGAACAAGUUAAUUAAGAAUUAGAGAUUGAAUAUUAAAUGAAAUUUUAAGAAGAAAUAGAUUCUCUCACUUAAUUUAAUGAAGAAUAAAUUAGAGCAGAAUUAGAAAAGCAAAUAAGAAUUGACUAUGAACAAUAGAAAGAGUAAUUAGCUUAAGAUGUUAUAAGAGAAUUUGAUGAUUCUCUUUAAAGAGGUUAAUUAGAAUAACAAUUAAGAUUCAAAAUUUAAGAGGAAUUAGAAGAAUAGAUAAAUCAAGAAGUUUAAAAAAAAUCAAAAUAAAUUAAAUUGCAGUUUAAGAAAAAGCUUGAACAAGAAAAAAAUUAAUUACAAAAAGAUUUUGAAUUAGAAUGGAAGUAAAGAGUGGAUGCAGAAAAAAAAAGAUUAGAAAGAGAAAAAAGUGAAAUUGCAAGAUUGAAAUCAGUUGAGUAUGUUAAACUUAAAAAAUUGCAGGAUGAAUAAAAAAAGCAUGGAUAAUUAUUAAAAGAUCAAGAGAACAAAUAUUAAGACAUUAUGAAAUCACUUCAAAAAUAAAUAUAAGAUCUUACCCAAUAAUUAGAAAUAGCUUUAUAAGAUUAAAUUACUUAAGAAAAGUUACGAAAUUAGUAAGAAAAUUUUGAUAGUUAAGAUUAAGAUAAAUAAAUCGAUAUGCCGUUUUCUAAAUAAAAUCCGAUUUAAAACUAAAGCUUAACUCCUAUUUAUUAACAUAAAUAAAUUACAGAAGAAGAAUCAUAAGAAUCAUCAUAAUAAACUUAAGUUAAUUUUAAGAAAAAUAAGAAUUAAAAUAUAAAAAAAGCUGAAUAAAAUGAAUAAAAUAAUUCAAAAACCUUAAAGAAUUCUAAAAAUAAAUAAAGUUCAUAAUACUAAAAUUAGUUAGAUAAAGGUUUUAAGUAAUAAAAAGGGCAUAUAGAAAUAUCAAAACCUUAAUACUUUGAAUAAGAAAAUAAUUAAAGAUAAAUGAAUAGAAUAGAUACAAUAAUUAAAGAAUAUGAUGAAAUUCCUAUCUAAAAAGAUUAAUUUAUGACUUAUAACAGUUUAUUUAAGGAAAAUGAUCUUGAUAAUACUAAAAAUAAAUAAAUGAAAUAGCGAAGAUAACAAUUUAUAGAAAGUUAAAAUUAAGAUUAGAAACUUUAAACAAAAUAUUUAGGCAUAUAGAUUAACAUUAUGAAUGAUUUUAUUGUUGAUUAUGUUGGUAAUAUAGUUUAUUUAUUUUAUUAGAAUUUCCUGAAUAUCACUAAGUCAAAAUGAUGCUUUAAGAAAUUAUUGAAUUAUUUAAUUAAUGGAUGAUUAGUUAUGAAGAAAGAAUUGAGUUUUUUAAAAAAAUUAAAUAAAUUGCAAACUAAAAUUUUAGAGACAUUAUUCCAUUUAUCUAAACAUAAAUCCAUAAAUUUAAAUUAAUUCAAAACUAUUAUCCUGAUUUUCAGAAGAGGUUCAAUAUAAAGAAUUAGAUUAUGGCUAAUUUUAGUUAAUUUAGUAAAUGUAAACAAUUAUUUGAAUAAUUAAAUUAAUUAAAUUUGAAAUCAAUUAAUUUGUCAGUUUAAGGAUAUGAUUUUUAAGAGAUGGUGUAACUUGAUUAAUGGGAAAAAGAUUUUUUAGAGAGAGAAGAGCUAAAAUCAUAAAUUUUGUGUAAAAUAUAAUCAAAAUUAAUAUGA